AUGAGAAAUGCCUGGGUUCUCUUAGCGACCUAUGCACUCCCAGUCCUAGGGUUAACACUGCACGAGCGAGACACUCCGGCCGUCGUUGGCUUCGAUAUUAAACGAAGAGAGAUCUCGAAUCCCGUCGCUAGAGAUCGAGCGAGGCGGAAGCGUUCGGAUACAGUCAGCGUGGGUUUGGAUAACGAGGAACUCCUCUAUCUGGUCAAUGUCACUCUUGGUACCCCCGAACAGAGCUUGCGUCUGGUCAUCGACACCGGCAGCAGUGAUCUAUGGGUGAAUGCUCCCAAUUCCACCUUCUGUGAAGAAUACUCGAAAUACUGUGAUUAUUUCGGUACCUAUGAUUCCAGUGCAUCGUCCACCUACUCCUAUGUCUCCUCGGAUUUCAAUAUCACCUAUGCCGAUGGCUCCGGAGCCGCCGGCGUCUACGCUACCGAGACGCUUCACAUUGGGGACACUACCUUGAAAGACUUCCAAUUCGGCAUCGGCGAUACCUCGUCUUCGGAAGAGGGUGUGUUGGGAAUUGGAUACGUCACAAAUGAAGCCCAGGUGGGCACCGCGGGGGAGCAAUCCUAUGCUAACCUACCCAAGGCCAUGGUGAACAAGGGAUUGAUCAACUCCAAUGCAUACAGUUUGUGGUUGAACGACCUGGAUGCCAGCGAAGGCUCGAUUCUGUUCGGCGGUGUGAAUACCGACAAGUAUCACGGAACCCUCGAGACCUUGCCGAUCGAGAAAACCGGCGACGGAUAUACCGCCUUCUACAUCGCCCUGACCGGAGUUGCCUUGACAAACUCCUCCGGUACCACCAAUUACUCCUCCAGCGCCCUUCCGGCUGCCGUUCUGCUCGAUUCCGGUAGCUCCCUGACCUAUCUCCCGGAUAGCAUCGUCGAGAAGAUCUUUGAAGAUUUAGAUGUCACCUACGAAGCGUCGGACGGCUAUGGCUUCGUCCCCUGCAGUAUCGCUAAGAAGGAUUACAAUAUCUCGUACACCUUCUCGUCUCCGACCAUCACCGUUGGGAUCGCCGAGCUGGUUCUGGAAUUGGAAGAAGCGUACUAUAGCAAUGGUGACGCUGCCUGCACCUUUGGCAUUGUCCCAUCCGGAGGAAGCACCUCGGUGCUGGGUGAUACGUUCCUGCGCAGCGCGUACGUGGUAUACGAUUUGGCCAACAACGAGAUCUCGUUGGCCAACACCAACUUUGACUCGACGAGCAACAACAUCAAGGAGAUUGGCACCGGUUCGAAUUCGGUGCCGGGGGCCACCUCAGUUACCAACGCAGUAACUACUGCAGCCACUGGAAGUGACGGGGCACGCAUUGGAGGCCCGACCGGUGAUAGCACCGCCGUCAUCACAAUGGGCAACGGCAAGACCAGCAACCCUGCUGCCCCAGGCCCAACCAGGAUGCCCAAUCACAUGGCUUUGGGUCUGGCCGGAGCGGCUCUGCUGGCUCUGUGA